AUGAAGUCAACUCUGCUCCUCUUGACCUGCGCCUUUACCGGCAGUGUGGUUGCGCAGAGCAGAAAAAAUUUACUUCCGAGUGCUCUCUCAAGUGUCUUGAUCAGGCUACGAGACAGGCCACAGACUGUUCACUGGACGAUGCCGUCUGUAUGUGCGUUCAGAAGAACUAUGAAGCCAUCUACAACGCUGGCGUCAACUGCGUUCUGCAAGCAUGUGGCCCAGAUGAAGCUGUCGGUAUGUUUUCAUCUUCGUCAGCGACUCUGUAUCCCGACGCAACUCACACUUUGGCGUAACAGGCAAGGUUCUGCCCGCUGGCGCAAGUUCUGUGCUGCUGCCACUGCUCAGGCCAAGACUAGAGGUGCUUCGAGGACUGCUACUCCCACGGCAACUGGUCCAGCCACUGGGGUUGUGACUGGUAACACUACUUCUGUUGUCUCGACACGAUCCUCAACUGGUCAAGCCACUGGCACCUCCGCUCCCGGAGCUGGGGCCACUGAUGCUCCAGAAAGGGCUCUCGGUCUGCUUGUCGCCGGGCUGUUGGCUGCCCUGUAA